UUUGCAGUAGUUGUGGUGGUGAAUGUGGGAGCGGAGCGGGAUUGAGCGGCCGAGCCUUUACAGAGGUAUCCAGGCUCACACCACUGCCCAGUUCUUACACACGCUGGCAAUCCUUCACACUCCCCCUCUCAGCCCCAUCCUUUGAAACGGAUUCUCUCUCUGAACAAACAGCCUGCUGAGGUUCCCCUGCAUUGACUGGAUCUGAUCCUCUAAACCCUUCCCUGUUAGGCUCCUCACUCCUUCCCCUAACUCCAUCCCUGUUUCCCUCUCAUUUCCCUGUUCUUUCCCCUACUGUCCAAUUCUUUCGCGCGCUCUCUCUCUUAUUCUCACUCCCCUGCCCCUUGUCGCCUUCUCCUCGACCUCUCUAUUCCCCCUGCCUCGCUCCAUCCCUGCAUUCUCUCUGCCUCCCACUAGUUCCUUUCUCCUACAUCUCUCUUACCACACCAUGCUCCCCUUCUCUUCCUGACACUUUCCCUCUCCUCCCGUUCUCCAUGUACCCUCCUCUGUUUGGCGUCUGAAUGGCCAAUGAGCCUGUGAAAAGGGAUCUCCGCAUUGGGAAUAUCGUCUUUUCCUGACUGCAGGAUGUGUUGCAGACUGGUACUGUAUGUCAUGGUUCGGGUGUUUCUGCUGUGUGGGAUCCUGGUUGGAAUGUCCAUGGGUCAUGACAUAUCCCAGCCGUACUACCACCAGGAGAAUGUGAUCGACCUUCUGGAAGCCCUGAACAUCACGCGAUCUAUAAAGGGAGUGAGCAGAAGCAAAGGUUUGGAGCCAGGGUUCCCAGCUUGGAAGUUCCGCAACCGUGUGCCAUACCUCACCUUGCCACGGGAUUAUGCCAUCUACUUCCUCACCUCCAUGCAAGGCUCCAUCGGCUUCCACUUUGUGGCGAAGCAGAGCAGGAACUCCGAGGGGACAGUGAUCUCCUUUACCUCGCCCACCAUCACCAAGAAGGAUGGACAGCCCCUUCUACAGCUUGUGUCCAGCACCAGAAGUAACCAGCUUCGGCUGGAUUACCGAACUGUGCAUAACAUGGAGCCAGCAUCCGUCAUCUUCCCUGGAGGGACCCCUUUUGGGAACAAGCACUGGGGCAGAGUGGCCUUCAACCUGGAAGCUCAGAAGAUAACACUAUUCAUUGACUGUGAGGAAGACAUCAUCUUUGAAAAGACCAUGGGUGAUGAUGCCAUCAGCCUCAUUCUCCCCAUCGACUUGGAGAUUCACUUCUCUAGUACAGCUGGAGACCACAGCAGCAAGUUCACGGGUUACUGGCAGACGGCAGAAAUCUCUCCCAGUGGAUUCACUCACCGCCCAUGGCACUGUGACAAUCUCCCAGAUUCAUUACCUUUGCCAUAUUCCUUGGUUGAGGAGCGUUAUUCUGAUUCUGACGAACAGUUCCAACUAGAGGAUUCCCCACGUCCAUUGUCUUUAUCUGACAGUAGUCCGUACCACCAGCAGCAAAGUGAUGCUGGGGAGUCCCUGCUGAGCCACAGUCUAUCACCUGCAAACCCAGAGCAACGCCUGGCAAGGUUGGAGGAGAUGGUGACCUCACUCAGCACAAUGCUGGAUACGCUCAAAGCUCAGAAUGCCGAGCUGUUAGUGCGAGUCAAGCACCUGGAAACAUGUGAAUGCAGAAAGUCCAUGUGCUCAUGGCAGGGGCAAGAGUAUGAAGAGGGUCAGUCAUGGGAGCAGGAUCACUGUGCAACCUGUACCUGCACUAAAGGCGAAGUACAUUGUUCCAGGCGGGAUGACAGUGCAGUCUGUCAAGAUCCUUGUGUUACCAGACCCUGCAAGAAUGGGGGUCGCUGCAAAGCUCUCCCCUCAGACUCUGGGCAACAUCCCUCUGGAUUUACCUGCAGCUGCCCUGCGACAUUUACAGGACGUCUGUGUGAGAAGCCCAUGGUUCAGGUCUGCUCUCUGCCCAGGCUUACAGGUGCUUGUAAAGGGCAACACCGCAUCCCAUCAAAGCGCUGGUUUUACAGCACCCUCUCGGGUCUGUGUGAGCAGUUUGAUUACGGCGGCUGUGGCGGAAACAGCAACAAUUUUCAGACGCAUGAGGAAUGCAUGAAACGAUGUGAGGUCGGUGCUUGCUGCUUCCGUCAGCCAAAGCUGACCAACUUCCUGAUUGGCUAUGACCAUGAAGGUUAUGAUCGCUAUGGAUACAACACAUCUGGCCUGGACCGGUCUGGGAGGCAGGUGGUGGCCUUUAACCCUGUGCGUUCUGGGCCUGCACUGUUUGGACCAAAUGGACAGGUCUUUAGUGGCCUGAGCGAUGGGCGUGAGUUUGACAAGUAUGGGUUUGACAAACAGGGUUACGACCGAGAUGGUUUUCACAAGGACACUGGGUUUAAUCUGACUGGAUACAACAAAAGAGGAGAACACGACUCCAGAGGCGAGUUUGACACAACCGGGUUCGAUGCUGAGGGUUAUAACCGUGCCCACUUUGACUGUUUUGGGAUCAAUCGUGAGGGGUUCAACUAUCUUGGCCACUUUGCAGCCUUUGACUAUCAUUGUGAAUACCUGCCAUCAUCACACUGCCAGGCCAUCAACAGAGCUGACCUGAGGAGAGAGGUGGUCAGCUUCAGACCAGGCCAAAGGUGUGAGGACGUCUUCUGUGGCCAGAGCUGUGGCUGCACCUUCCGAGGUCGUUCCUAUCACUUUGGUGAGUCCUUCGAGUACGGUUGUGAGAUCUGUCUGUGCAGCUACACCGGAGUGAUCGAAUGCAACUGUCGGCAUGUCAGUCAACGUAAGGAGAUCCGAGACAUGAUGGCUACUGAGAUGAAGGCUUAUCAGGCAGCAAUACGGGAUCUCUACUCGAAACAAGGUACUUGGGAGGAGUUUGCCACAUUGAGAGCAGAGUAUGCCCCACAGGCCAAUGGCCUGUCUACCUUCCUUCCCUGGCACCGAUACUUUCUCCGCAUGGUUGAGCGGGAGCUACAGAAGGUAUCAUGUGACAUCAGCAUCCCGUACUUUGAAUGGACCAUUGACGUGGGCUCGAUGGAGAGCUCGACUGCCUGGCAGGCUAAUUUCUUUGGACCAAAUGGAGACUCUGAGACACGCUGUGUUUUACAUCACCCGUUCCAGCUGGACAGCAAAUGGGAACCUUGCCUCCGUCGCCAGUUUAACUCUUCCGUCGCUCUGCCCGAUGCCAUCAACAUCCAGCUGAUAUUGGCCGAAGAAGACUUUAAUCAAUUCUCCAUUCAGAUGGAGGCCAUCUCGGGUCUUUUCCAUGUUUGGGUUGGAGGUCACAUGGCCUCACCUUUCAGUCCUUACGACCCGAUCUUCCUGUCUCAUUAUGCAUUUAUCGACAAGCUCUGGACCCACUGGCAAGACCGCAGUCCCAGUGGCUUGCCGCGUUAUCCUCCUGAGCUCCGGUUUGUGAAGAUGAAACCGUUUGACAUGGCCCCCGAUGAUAUCCUCCUGUCUCAGCAACAGCUGUGUACCACCUAUGCACCAGUUACACUCGGUGCCCCCUGCAACGUUACGACCCCUGACCCCCUGCUCCGUCACCGAGACGACUACAACAGGGAAGAUGGUCAUCGAACUGCCCAGCCAGAGCUGCAGGGACAAUAUGAUGUACACGGCUACAAUCAGUAUGGAUACGAUCGCCAUGGCUACGACCAAUCUGGCUGGGAUCCAUAUGGUUACAGCAGAGACCAUUUCAACCGGGAUGGUUUUGACAUUGAAGGGUUUGACGUUUCUGGAUAUAAUCGGUACGGCUUCAAUCGAUCCCAAGUCACACCAUUUGGAAUGAGGAAGGAUGAGUCCUACCUGCCUUAUGUUGAGGUGGAGCUCAUUGAGUCCUUCUUUGACAGGGGUUAUAAUAUGUAUGGAUACAACAAAUUUGGUCUGGAUAAGAACGGGUUUGAUGUGUUUGGCUUUGAUGAGAAAGGCUACGACAAGGACAACUGUAAUUACUUCUUCCGAGGCCCUCAUCACAUGAGAUUCUACUUCUUCAUCCAGCAGCAGUUAUACAUGACAAGUCCCAAGCUGCUGCUCAAUGUUAAACGUAUCUGCCCACCUGUAAGCCCACUCCCAGGUUGGUGGCUUGUUCAGAACUGGAUGACUAUCGAUGUGCAAGAAACGGUCACAACAAUCAGGCUGAUUGAGCAGAAGUGGGCAUCCCAUCAUCCAUUUGACCACGGAUAUAUUCCCAGCAUCACCUCCGUGAAAGACAACAAUCUCUGGCUCCCUGUGACUCCUGACCUCAGGUUUUGUUUUGAGUUGCACUGGUAUUCUGGCUGUCCGUUGGGCACUCUCCCAGUCAGGUGCCCCGACCUGUGCCAGGACACCAAGUGCCCGGGAUUUCCAAAUGCGGAGUGUCGUGUGCAUCGCUGUGGCGCCUGUUUCAGCGAGUGGUAUGACCAAGGGAGCAGCCGCCAUGUCAUGUGUCACGGUUGUAGCUACAAAGGACAGAGUUUCCACAAUGGAGAUUCAUUCAUCGUUGAUACCUGUACAUCUUGUGUGUGUUUGAACGGUGCUGUGUCCUGUGCUCCAGUGCAGUGCCAGGCUCUGAGCUGUAAAGACUUUGUGAGGAGACCGGGAUCCUGCUGCCCCGAAUGCCCCCAAGGCUGUGCAGAUGGACGAACUCACAAUGAAAGUUGGAGAGUCGAUGCUUGUACACAGUGCUCCUGUAAGAAUGGAAAUGUCCACUGCCAGGAGGUCACCUGCCCUCAACUCACCUGUUUGGACCAAUACAAACCAGCUGGGGAGUGCUGCGCUGUCUGUCGGCCAGGCUGUGAAUAUGAAGGGAAGCAAUAUAUGAAUGGAGACAUUUUCUCAUCCAUAGUUAACCCCUGUAUGAACUGUUCAUGUGUGCGAAGCCUGGUGAGAUGUGUCCCCCUACAGUGCCAGCCUCUGUUUUGUUCACACCCCGUCGAGAUACCUGGACAAUGCUGCCCUAGAUGCCCAGGCUGUGAACUGGAUGGAGCCACCUUAGAUCACGGGCAAACAUUCAGUUCCCCGGACGGUUGUCAGACGUGUGUGUGCACAGACGGACAAGUCGUGUGUGAAGAGAAAGAGUGUCAGACCAACUGCAGAAAUCCUGUGGCCCGGGCAGAUGGCAACUGCUGUCCCCUGUGUGUUGCCUGUUCUCUCGAUGGACAGGAAUAUCAGAAUGGGGAGAAGGUGCCCACUGGAGAUCCAUGUGUAGACUGCAGCUGCCUGGAUGGAGCGAUUCGCUGUGAGCCCGUGUCAUGUUGGUCAGUGAGCUGCAGGAAUCCCGCUCGAGAACCUGGGGAAUGCUGCCCCAGGUGUGAGCAGUGUGAGUAUGAGGCUGAGACCUUCAGAGAUGGACAAGUCUUCACACCUCACUCCGAUCCCUGCCUGAGGUGUCACUGUGAGGCUGGCAAUGUAUCCUGUCAUCGAUUGGACCAGAAUUGCCCACCUGUUCGCUGCAGUCAUCCAGCCAAUCAGGCUGGACAUUGCUGCCCAUCAUGUGAUAUGUGCGAAUAUCAGAGUGCCCUCAUUGGCAAUGGCCAGAUGUUUCACCCCACUUUUGGUGGACCCUGCAUUCAGUGCACUUGUUCAAAUGGCAAUGUACAAUGUGAGGAGGAAAGCUGCCGCCCGCUGACCUGCAAUAACUUUUUCAGACAUCCAGGCCAGUGCUGUCCUUCAUGUAUAGUGUGUAUCGUGCAGGGGCUAGAGUACGAAGAUGGAGCAGAAUGGGAGCUGGAGGAGAGUCCGUGCACUACUUGUACCUGUGUCAAUGGUAAUGUCACCUGCAGACCCAAGCAAUGCCCGCCUGUCUCCUGUCUACACCCAGGCUCGAACAACGGACAUUGCUGUCCAUCGUGUGACCAAUGCACAUACAACAAACGACAGUACAGGAAUGAGCUGGAGUUUAUUGACCCAGACAAUCCUUGCCAGAACUGUCACUGCCAGAGCGGAACAGUGCAUUGUGCACAGACCGACUGCCCCCCAACAACCUGCACACAUCCAGAGAGGAAAGCAGGGCAAUGCUGUGCAAAGUGCCCAGACUGUGUGUUUCAGGAACAAAUUUUAUUGGAUGGCCAGCGGUUCCCAAACCCUGUGAAUCCAUGCCAGGAAUGUACCUGUUUGAAUGGCCAGGUGACCUGUGAGAAGAAGGAUUGUAUCAGCGCCCUGUGUUCCUACCCUCUGUCUGGGUCCUGCUGUCAUAACAACUGCAACGGUUGUCAGUUUGCUGGCAAGGAGUAUCCCAAUGGAGCAGACUUCCCACACCCCACGAACAAGUGUAAGGAGUGUCACUGCAUUAAUGGAAACGUGCAAUGCCUGUCCAGGAGAUGUCCCCCUGUGUCUUGCAGUGAGCCUUUCCGUGUACGUGGAAAAUGUUGUCUUCAGUGUCCAGCACCCCCGAGUGAUUGCCUUUACAAUAGCAUUCUGUACCAGCACAUGCAGCGUUUCUAUGACCCCUCUGAUGCUUGCCGUUCCUGUAUAUGUAAUAACGGCACCAUCACAUGUCAGAGGAAGCCGUGUGCCCCUGUGCAGUGCUCACAUCCCAUCCUGCAGGAUUGUUGCCGGACCUGUGAUGGCUGCCUGUUCAGUGGGAAGGAGUUUGCCAAUGGAGAACAGUUCGCUGAUGUGUCAGACAGCUGUAACGUGUGUGUGUGCAGGGAAGGCAGCGUCUCCUGUGAAAGAAACCCAUGCCCUGUGCUGGAGUGUCCUUUCCCUACGCAGGGACGUUGCUGCAGAGUCUGUGACGGGUGUAAUUACAUGGGAGAGGAGUACCUGAAUGGUCAGGAAUUUCCAGGCCCCCUUGACCCCUGCAGUCGCUGUGAGUGUAUUAGUGGUUUUGUCAGCUGUUCAAGGAGGCCAUGUUACAGCCCAGGCUGCAGACAUCCCAUCAACCUCCCAGGACAGUGCUGCCCUGUCUGUGAAGGCUGUUACUAUGGUGGUGUUACUAUCAAUAACGGACAGACAUUCACUGAUCCCACUGACACAUGCUCACAAUGUACCUGCCGGAGUGGCUCAGUGCACUGUGUGAGGGCAGUGUGUGCCCCAGCUCCGUGCCCCCACCCCAUCAGUGGACCCUGUGACUGUCCCCAAUGUGAUGGUUGUCAUUUCCAAGGUGAAGAUUAUGCGGAAGGAGCAACAUUCCUCCCUCCGAACGGAAAGUGUGAGGAAUGUCAGUGCCGGAAGGGACAAGUGAUCUGUGACACCAAAAGAUGCAAGAAAGCAUCAUGCCCCCACCCAACAAUCAACAUUUGCAACUGCCCAGUGUGUGAUGGCUGUCGUUAUGAUGAGAGAGAUUAUGAAAAUGGUGAAAGGUUCCCAGACCCAAGUGACAAAUGUAACCACUGCGCCUGUCAGAAUGGCCAGGUUACCUGUCAGCCUGUGUCCUGCCCGUCUGUCAAUUGUCAAAAUCCAGUGACCCCUGUUGGUGAGUGCUGCCCACAGUGUACUGGGAUCUGUCGUUACCUGGGACAGGUCUACGAGAGUGCAACCACUUUCAACUCCCCGUCCGAGAAGUGCUCAAAGUGCACCUGCUUGGCUGAGGUGGUGACCUGCUGGAAGAGACCAUGCUCCAAACAGUGCACCCACCCAGUUGUCAGCACGGCCUGUUGUCCUGAGUGCAAUCGCUGUUCCUUCGAGGGCCUGGAGUACGAAAACCGAGAAACCUUCUUCCCUACAUCCAACCGGUGUAAACGGUGUAGCUGCCUCGAUGGUAGUGUGUUGUGUUUGGAUGUUGUCUGUCCUCGGGUAACCUGUCCAGAGCCAGUGACAAACACAAAGACGUGCUGCCCAGAAUGCCCAGUCUGUGUCCAUCACGGCAAACAAUAUAAUAGAGGAUCACACUGGAUUUCAGCAGUGAACCCCUGCCACACGUGUACAUGUACGGAUGGUGAAGUGUUGUGCCUGCCAGUCAAGUGUCCAGCACUUAGCUGCAGACAACAGAUAACAAAGCCGGGAUCUUGCUGUCCACGGUGUCGAGGCUGUAUGUACAAUGGGAAGGAAUACCAGGAGGGAGCAACCUGGCCUGCACCCACAGUCCCCUGCAUGACGUGUAUGUGUGUGGAUGGUGUCACCACCUGCUCUGAGAUUCAUUGUAUCGCUCCAUGUGUGAAUCAGAUCCACGUGCCUCGAGAGUGCUGUCCACUCUGUGUAGACUGCAUCUACAAUAACCGUGUAUACAGCCCGGGUGAGAGUUUCCAGCCUAGCAGUGACCCCUGCGAGAUCUGUACGUGUGAGGUGAUGCUAGAUGGAGAGCAGCACUUACACUGUUACCGUCGUCAAUGCCCCAGCCUUGUGGACUGCCCAAGGAAUCUGAUAGUGGCUCCAUCACCUGGUCACUGCUGCCCCAGCUGUGCGCAGCCACUGAGUAACUGCACUGCUGAGCUGUUUGGAAGUGAGCUGCUAUCUUCUGCUGACCCCUGUUACAGCUGUCAUUGCAAGGAUUUGACCUGGAUCUGUAUCCAUCAGAGCUGUCCUUUACUGAGCUGCUCCAUCUCUGAACAAUUCACUCCAGCUGGUUCCUGCUGCCCAAUCUGUGACGAAUGUGUGAUUGAGGCUGAAAACCGGCGUGUUUCAGACGGUGAAACCUGGACCGAUUCUGUCGAUGAAUGCAUAACAUGUUCCUGCAACCUCGGACACAUUGAGUGCCAUAUUGAGGAAUGUCUCUCUGUUACAUGUCAUGAUGGUCUGAUCAAGGUCCGUUCUCCAGGGCAAUGCUGCUAUGAAUGCCAAGAUCCCCGGAUUUCCUGCAGCUACCAGGGACAGAAGUACCAGUCGAACCAACACUGGGAAGUGGAUGAAUGUACCACCUGCACCUGUAUCUCUGGGGAGGUUCACUGUCAAACCGAGCACUGCCCACCUGUUACCUGUUCAUCGGAUGAGAGCCCAGUGCUGAUCCCAGGAAUGUGUUGCCCUCACUGCAUCCCUCGCCCUGCCACUUGUAUGGUGUUCGGUGACCCCCACUACCUGACCUUUGACGGAAAGAUGAUCCACUUCCAGGGGGCGUGCAGCUAUGUUCUUGCAGAAGACUGUAAAGGAGGAGACUUCAGUAUCCAUGUGACCAACGAUGAUCGAGGGCGGAGGGGAGUGUCAUGGACCAAGGAGGUGACAGUGCUGAUCGGGGACCUGAUUGUCCAAUUUCUCCAAGACUGGCUCGUCACGGUGGAUGAUCUCAGCGUAUCUCUGCCAUUUCUCAAGGAGCCGUACAUCUACAUUGAGAGGAGAGCCAACAGCAUCCUGCUCAACACGAACAUUGGUGUGAAGGUCUUGUGGAACGGGAAAUCUCAUUUAGAAGUGAGCUUGCCUGGAACGUACAAAGGGCAGGUGUGUGGGCUUUGUGGGAACUUCAACAACUACCCCCAGGAUGACAUGCGAAUUCGCAGCGGGCAGAUUGUCACCUCUGAGGCAACGUUUGGCAAUAGCUGGAAGGUACACAGUAACAACCAGAACAGGCCACAGUGUUCAGACGCAGAAGACAUUGACCCCUGCAAACAGGCGGGUUACCGAGCUCGCAAAGAGGCCAAUGCUAAGUGCAAGAUCCUGAAGUCCAAGGUCUUUGAGCGGUGUCAUGCAGUUGUGCCACCGGAGAUGUUUUUCAGCUCCUGUGUCUAUGACCUGUGUGCCUGUGGUUCCAAUAUUGACGACUGCUUGUGCGAUGCCUUGGAGGCUUAUGCGUCUCAGUGUCGAGAGGCUUCGCUUGUUCUGAACUGGCGAUCACCAACACUCUGUGCGGUUGGUUGCCCCUCUGAUCGCGGUUACGUGUUUGAUGAAUGUGGCCCUCCAUGCCCUAAGACCUGUUUUAACAAAGAUGUUCCUCUGGGAGUGAUUGAUGCUCACUGCUUCAAGCCUUGUGUUCCGGGCUGUCAGUGUCCUGCUGGUCUGGUGGAACAUGAAUCUCAUUGUAUAGCACCAGAGACCUGUCCAAAAAUCAUCUAUGGAAACCUGUGACUCACACAACUACAGACACAUGGACAUGUGCGCGCGCGCACAGACACACACACACAGACACACACACAGACACAUGCACACACACCCCGAGUACAUUCAUAGCCAGUGUUUUACUGUGUAAUAUUGAUAGGAGGAAACACUGAAAUAAACAGGCCAAAUUCAUCCUGUAAUGAUGGCCAAUACACUCUGAGGAGACCAGCUAAAACCAGAGAGACAGUCUCUUCAAACAUAUAGAUUACAAAGUCAAGUACGAUGGGAUUCUCUGGCUGGUGAUUGCACAAUAGAUAUACAGAGGUGCUUAUAUUCAUUUUCUACGUUCAUUCAAGUCACAAUGUCUGAGCAUCAAGUCUCACCUGAUAGUUCUUCACUGUGUUAUGUAAAUUAGAUAUUCAGUAUUUUUGUGAUUGUUAAGAUUGGGAAUCAUCAUCCUGUGGCACUAUCCAAUUAAAGACUGUCUAAGCGAUUCUGUUUUAGUUUAAAUGUUCAUAGUGGGAAUCUCAGCAUUCCCAAACUCGGUCACAGACCACCUGGGCACAGAUUAGAUACAGAGUAAACUCGUUCUGCACUGUCCCAUCAAACACUCCCAGGGCAGGAAUAGCACAGGUUGGAUAUUGGGUAAAGAUCCCAUAACCUGGUUACGAUCCCAUUCUAUUGCUCACCAGAGCUCUAUUCAUAAAUUGUUUAUUCCUGUUGCUGAAGAACAUGAUUGAAUUAAUGAUUACCAUGGAGGGGCAUUAUCCCAACAUUCAUCACAAUAGUAAAAGUCCUCUCAGUAGGUCAUGUGAUUUCAGAGGAUUUUAACUUCCUGAAGAAACACUAAAAUACCUUCAUCUUAAGUUGUUACUUAAAAAUGAAAAAGAGGAAACACUCCCCCCAACGUAUGGAGGGAAACAAAGGGAUGGAUAUUGCGAGAAAGGCAAAAGUGGAAGGGAGACUAACUCCUCUACUUUUCUUUGCGUAAUAUUGAAGGAUAUAUUACAUCAACUUGAACAGACAGAUGAGGCCUUGCUAAAUGUUUCCUCUCAAAGUUGGCACCGUCAACAGUGCAGUCAACAAUGUUCUACGGACGUACAUGGAAUAGUGUAGGUUAGAUGGGCUUGAGAUCAGUAUGACAGGUCGGCACAACAUCGAGGGCCAAAGGGCCUGUACUGUGCUGUAAUGUUCUAUGUUCUAUGUUCUAUGCUCCCUUGGGAGGGUCAUCCUUGAUUCUGUGCUGAAGACCCUGAAGUGGGCCUUGAACCCAGGACCUUUCUGACUCAGGCAAGAGUGCUACCACUGAGCCACACCUGACACCAUUUUACUGACCUGUGAGGGUCCUGGAGCAUGUGUGACAGACACAGGCUCUCAGUUGUUUGUAGGAUCCGUCCAUUACUAACAGUAUGACCUAUAUUGAAAAGGUAAAUCCAGGUUUGACCAUCUUGGAGUGAGACUCUCCUCUGAUCUGGAAUUCAGAUUUAAGGUGCAAAACUUAUUCAAAAUUAUUCACACUUACAUAAUCACUGAGGAGUGUUGUUGUCUGAUGUACACUCUGCAAUAAAACUAAGUUUUUAAACCA